UGUUUGUUAGCGACCGGGCUCUGUACGGACUGCCCACACCCCUGGGCUGCUUGGCACGUACUCCUCCCACCCUGUGACCGUAUAAAUAUCCCUCUCAGCAGGGCUGGGAUACAGACUGCACUGACCCGGAAGGUAGAAGAAUCCUUUUCAGGGGUAGUAACUUUAAAAAACCUGCAGAAUGUGGCUCCAAGCGGCUCUUCUGGGUCUGACCUUCCUCACGUUGGUCAGUCAACUCCAGGCUGAAGACCAGGCAUCCCUGCGUCACGCUAACGAUGCUGCGGGACGUUGCCAGUACACCUUCACCGUCCCCAGCCCGCAGGAGUCGGGCUGCAGCGGGAGAGCCGAGACGGAAGGAGUUCUGUCUCGGCUCACCUCGCUGGAGGCUCUGGUCAGCCGCCUGAUCGCGAGGAGAGAGAUGGGAGCUGACGUUGAGGUGGGCUUCCAGGAAGGUUUUUCCCAGCUGACAGGGGAAAGAAACCAGCUGCGCCAAGACAAGGACCGUCUGAAGAGACAGGUCCAGGACCUCCAGGCGAGGGUGAGAGAGCUCAGUCAGGAGACGGACGGCCUCAGGCAGAGCUGCAAGAAGACAAACACCUCAGCGGACCUGCGCAGUCACCAAGAACUGUCCGGCGACCGUGGACAUGGUUUUAGUAAUGGUGCCUACCAGGAGAUGAAGGCUGAGGUCACAGAGGUCCCAGCAUCCCGCCUCCUUCCUGGUGGAAAUGUCUCGGGUUGUGGUGAGGUGUUGUCGGUGGGAGAUCCGGUGUUGCAUAGGAAGGCCGACGGUAUCACAGGGAAGUACGGAGUGUGGCUACAGGAUCCUGAGCCCCGAGGCACGCAGUACACCAACAAGACGGUGUGGCGUAUCGACACGGUGGGCAAAGAUGUCCGUCAGCUGUUUGCGUACGAAGACAUGGACCAGUUUUCUCGUGGUUUCCCCAUGAAAGUGUUUGUCCUGCCGGAACCCGUGGAGAGCACGGGUGCAACCAUGUACCGCGGCUCGCUCUACUACCAGCGCAAACGCAGCCGUACUCUCAUCCGCUAUGACGUGGCCUCCGAGAGCCUGGCAUCACGCCGGGACCUACCUCACGCAGGCUUCCACGGCCAGUACCCCUACUCCUGGGGGGGCUACACCGACAUCGACCUGGCGGUGGACGAGCGGGCUCUGUGGGCCAUCUACAGCACCAGCAAAGCCAAAGGCAGCAUUGUGCUCUCCCAGCUGGACCCUGAGAGCCUGGAGGUGAAGAAGAGCUGGGAGACCAACAUCAGGAAGAACACGGCGGCCAACGCCUUCAUGGCGUGUGGGCGUCUGUACACGGUGGCCAGCUACACCGCCGCCAACACCACCCUCAACCACGUCUACGACACCGCCACCCGGGCCAGCCGGGCCAUCUCGGUGCCGUUCAAGAACCAGUACGGUUACAACAGCAUGGUGGACUACAACCACCAGCAGAGGAAGCUGUUUGCCUGGGACAACUUCCACAUGGUCACCUACCACCUGCGACUGGCCAACUGAACAGGAAAGUCAUGUGGAUUUCAAAAUAAAAGGCAUCAUAAUCAGCAGUGAAGAUGCAGGUCCUUUUACCGCCUAGCAUUGGCUCGCUCUCUCUGUUGCCACGACGACGCACCGCCCCCAUGGUUAUUGUGCAGAACUGGAAUCUAGUUUUUUCUAAUACCGCUCGCUGUAAAUAGAUUGUACUUGUAAAGCAGACACUAAUAAA